ACGUCAUCCUGCAGCGCCGGAAGCGGCGAGGCACUGACGUAGUAACCUGAACUUGUCGGUCUCCGCCGUGUUGAGAGCAAUGAUGCGGGUAUGCUGGUUGGUGAGACAGGACAGCCGGCACCAGCGGAUCAAACUUCCCCAUUUGGAAGCAGUUGUGAUUGGGCGUGGCCCAGAGACCAAGAUCACUGAUAAGAAAUGUUCCCGUCAGCAAGUGCAGUUGAAAGCAGAGUGUAACAAGGGAUAUGUCAAUGUAAAGCAGGUAGGGGUCAAUCCUACCAGCAUUGACUCAGUUAUAAUUGGGAAGGACCAAGAGGUGACGCUGCAGCCUGGCCAGGUUCUCCAUAUGGUGAAUGAACUUUAUCCAUAUAUUGUAGAGUUUGAAGAAGAAGCAGAGAGCUUUGGCCUGGAAACACACAGGAAGAGAAAAUGGUCAGGCAACCCUGAUUCUAUAGAAGAGGAUGCUGCCCAGGGAGCUGAGUCUGGGACAGGGCUGGGACUUGGGAGCAGUCUCAGCCAAUGCUCUGUGCCCCUAAAGAAGGGAAAAGAUGCACCUAUGAAAAAGGAAUCACUGGGCCAUUGGAGUCAAGGCUUGAAGAUAUCUAUGCAGGACCCCAAAAUGCAGGUUUACAAAGAUGAGCAGGUGGUGGUGAUUAAGGAUAAGUAUCCUAAGGCCCGUUAUCACUGGCUGGUCUUACCUUGGGCUUCCAUUUCCAGUCUGAAGACUAUAACCAGGGAACACCUUGAACUCCUCAGACAUAUGCACUCUGUUGGGGAAAAGGUGAUUGCGGAUUUUGCUGGGUCCAGCAAACUCCGCUUCCGAUUGGGCUACCACGCCAUUCCUAGUAUGAGCCACGUACACCUUCAUGUGAUCAGCCAGGAUUUUGAUUCUCCUUGCCUUAAAAACAAAAAGCAUUGGAAUUCUUUCAAUACAGAAUACUUUCUAGAAUCACAAGCUGUGAUUGAGAUGGUACAAAAGGCUGGUAGAGUGACUGUCCGAGAUGGGAUGCCUGACCUCUUGAAGCUGCCGCUUCGUUGUCAUGAGUGCCAACAACUGCUGCCUUCAAUCCCUCAGCUGAAAGAGCAUGUCAGGAAGCACUGGACAGAGUGAUUUUACAGAGCCUGUGUCUUGAGUGUGGCCAGUUGUUUGGAGCAAACUGCUGGCACCUGUUCUGGGUUACUUGUAGACUUUUACCAUUUCCUGAAUUAAAACAUGCAGCUUUUUUACAA